AAACAUGAGACGGCUCAUGCUGGGCGGGGCCGCUGCAGGCUGUGGCGGAGGAUGUUUUGAUUCAGUAUGACGCAGAAGCCAGUACGGGUUGUACGUAAGGUCCACAGAGGAUAACAAGAAUUCCAUUUUUUUUCCAUUAACGCCAGUGAAUUAACAGGAUGAUACCCAUAUUUCUCACUUGUGGACCCAGUGAGGUCUUAGUGGUGUCAGGCAUUGGGUACAGCCCUCCAGCCAUGAUCACUGGAGGACGGGUACUGGUGGUUCCCUGCCUCAUGAGAUGGAACAGACUGUCCCUGAAUGUGAUGACUAUUCAAAUAGACUCACCUGAUGUAUAUACAAGUCAGGGUGUGGCUCUCAAAGUCUCAGGAGUUGCUCAGGUCAAGAUAAGCACUCAGCACCCAGAAGUGUUGGCAGCUGCUUGUGAACAUUUCCUUGACAAGAAUGAGAGUCAGAUUGAGAGCCUCAUCACAGCAACCUUGGAGGGUCACCAGCGAGGCAUUAUGGGCACCAUGACAGUUGAGGAUAUCUACAGGAACCGGAAGCUGUUUAACCAGCGAGUGUUUGAGGUAGCUUCCAAAGACCUCUACCAGCUUGGCCUUCAUGUCAUAUCAUACACAAUCAGAGAUUUGAGUGACAAAAUGGGUUACCUAGCAGCUUUGGGAAAGGGAAGAACAGCUGAGAUUCAGCGUGAUGCAAGAAUUGGUGAGGCUGAGGCCAAUAGAGAUGCAACAAUUCAGAAAAGUAUAGCAUCAGAGGAACUACUUGCAGCAAAGUUUGCAAAUGACACACUGGUUGCAAAAGCUCAAAGAGAUUUCCAGCUAAAAAAGGCAGCCUAUGAUCAAGAAGUUCGAGCAAGGCAAGCAGAAACUGACUUGGCCUUUGAGCUGCAGUCUUGCAAGGUCAAGCAGAAAAUCAAAGAAGAAGCAAUGGAGACUCAGGUGGUGGAGAGGAAAGCAAAAAUCUUGGUGGAGGAACAAGAAAUUCAGAGAGCUGAGAAAAGGCUGGAGUCAUCAGUUAAGCAGCCUGCAGAAGCAGAAAAAUACAGGAUGGAGACCAUUGCCACUGCCAAGAAGCAGCAACUACUGCUGGAAGCUGAGGCAGCGGCUGAAGCAAAACAGCUGAAGGGAGAAGCGGAGGCAUCAGCCAUAAUGGCAAAGGCAAAUGCUGAAGCUAUACAGAUGCACCACAAAGCUGAGGCAUGGAAGGAAUUUGAAGAUGCAGCCUUGCUCAGCAUGUAUCUGGAGACUUUGCCCAAGAUGAUUAAUGGCAUUAGUAGUGCCCUGUCUAAUGCCAAGUGUGUCAAGAUGGUGUCUUCUGGUGACUCUGGUGUUGGAGCCCAGAAACUGACCAAGGAAGUCAUGGACAUCAGCAGCAGUGUUCCUUCCAUGGUGAAGAACCUGACUGGCAUUGAUCUCUUGAAGAAUCUUCGUUCAGCAUGAAGACAUCAAGGAAGGUACUUAAAUGAGAAAUCAGUGGUAAUGUCCAUGUUUCAGGUGAUAGAAUAUGUACUUUAUUAGUAAACCUGUUAGCUUUGUAUAGUACUAUAAUUUAGUACAACUUGUACAAUUUGGAUAUAGUUAAGGUCUAAAAUCUGACUAAUUAAUACUCUCAUCACUUCUUUUAGUACUCACAAUUACCAGCAUGUUUGCUCAUCUACUUUUCAUCACUAAGGGCUUAAGAUUCACUUUGCCCUUAGGGCACACUGGAUACUCCUGCACAUAGGUAUUUAAGUUUUCACAUGUCUGUUAAGCUUGCACAACCCUUGGUCACUAGAGGUGAGACAUUGUUUGUGUUUUGCGUGUGUAAGAUUAAUCACAUGCUGUUACAGUUCACUAACAAACUUUUAGUCCAUCCUAGCUCGUCAUAGUUCUUUACUACAUUGUCUACACCUAUUCCUACACCUGCACCUUCAUCGUGCUCACAAACAAAGCAGACAUUAUCCUGCAGAAUGCGAGAAACUGGGUCAGUGUGGGCAGGAUCAUGAGGGGCAGUGCCAGGGGCAGCAUUAUGGGUGGUGUCAUGGCUACGACAGAUCCACUGCAUUCCAACCUGGCCAUGUCGCAAGUAUUGGAGAUGUUAUCUGGCGAGUUAGGCAUUUUUAACAUUAUUGGAUAAGACCAAAUGUUACGUAUUAACCAUUUGUAUAAUUUAUUCUUUGAUAUUAUACAUUUAUUGUGCUUUAAUACAUUGUUUCUGUAUUUUGGGUUAAUUCUCAAUUAUAAAAGGUCAGGAAAACAAACUUUCGCAUAUCUAGAAACUCUGCAUAUCCAGCAGGCCAUUGGUUGAAUUAACCUAAAUACAUGAUUAUCUUCUGUACUUUGAUAUCAGUGUAGCAGAAGCUACAGGCAAAUAUACGUACAUAACUAAAUAAAGAAGAAUCUUGGUUCCCUAUGAAUGUGCAAUACAAUACACAUAUUGCAAGCAAAUAUUAAAGGUGCCAAAAUUAUAUGAUAUAUUAUCAUGUGCAUUAUGCCACUUCAGUGAGAAAUCUUCAUUGAUUUGGUCAUAUCUGUAUGUCAGAUAAAUUUUGUAACUAUUUGUUUCCUUUUCAUCUUUUCUCAUCCUUCCUGUUUUGACUUUAAUGACUACACAAGAAACUAUGAUAAGUUGACUCAAGCUUUCAUGUGUCUGAGAAUUUUUAUCAUAUUGUGAAAGAUUUUGCAUUUUCAUCAUAUCUUUAUACUGUACUAUACUUCUAAUGAGUUUUUUAUGCAUAGAUGAUGCAUGCAUGGCUACAUAUUGUACACAUAUGGAUAUGAGUAGAUAUGUAUGACUUCACAUUUAUGAAAAUAGUUAAUGUAGUCCUUCA